CACAAACAAUUACACUGAUAGUUCCUACUCUUGGAAUAUGAAGUAAUGUUUUMAYGCAACGACGAAGGUCAACAAGCUCUGUAUAAAACCAGGCCGUGUACCAGAGCAGAGUAAACAAAAUGGAUAUUUACUCGUCUUCUGUCGAGUUUAUAACAACUCACUGGACAACAUGCACUAUAGGUGCUGUGGUCUUUUUACUGAUUUUCGUCUACUGGUACGGAACUAGAAGUCGUUCUCGUCUUGAGAAAAGUUUCCCCGGACUUCCAGGUCCAAAGCAAUGGCCCUUCAUUGGAACUYUGCCAGAUUUUAUAAAAAAUGGAGGUCAAAUGCACUUGCAUUUCGACGAUGACUACAAGAAAUUUGGGAAAGUAUAUCGCACAAUUGUAUUUGAAAGCCCCACAAUUGUCGUCAGCGACCCUGCGAUGAUCAAAGAUAUAUUUGUGAAACAUUUCGACUGCUUUUAUAACAGGCCGCUUCUAAUUACCAUCCCAGAACCUUUUGAUAAGGGACUUGAUGCAGCCAGAGGUGAAACAUGGAAGCGUAUCCGUACUAUUGCAUCACCUACUUUUAGUUCUCAUAAACUCAAAGCCAUGGUUCCAUUGAUGAAUGUUAGAUGUGACACCUUGAUCAGCAAAGUUGAAGAAUAUGCCAAGUCAGGAGAAACCUUUGAUAUUGUGAAACAUCAACAAGCCCUGACUCUUGACGUGAUCAUGUCCGCAGCAUUUGGAAUUCAAACUGAUUACCAGAAAAACCCUAAUGACCCAUUAAACGCAAUGGAGAUUUACUCRUCUUCUCUGGAGUUUACCAAAACCCACUGGAGUACAUGUGCUAUCGGUGCUGUGGUACUGAUUUUCCUCUACUGGUACGGAACUAGAAAACGUUCUCGUCUUGAUAAAGCUUUCCCCGGACUUCCAGGUCCAAAGCAAUUGCCUUUCAUUGGAACUCUACCAGAUUUAAUAAAAAGUGGAGGUCAAAUGUACUUGCAUUUAGAUAGUGACUGCAAGAAAUAUGGGAAAGUGUAUCGCAGAAUGUUAUUUGAAAGCCCAACAAUUGUCACCACCGACCCUAUGAUAAUCAAAGAUAUAUUUGUGAAACACUUCGACUGCUUUUAUAACAGGCCGCUCCUAAUUACCGUCCCAGCACCUUUUAAUAAGGGACUUGAUGCAGCCAAAGGUGAAACAUGGAAGCGCAUCCGUACCAUUACAUCACCAACUUUUAGUUCUCAUAAACUCAAAGCCAUGGUUCCACUGAUGAAUGUUAGAUGUGAUACCUUGAUCAGCAAAGUUGAAGAAUAUGCCAAGUCAGGAGAAACAUUUGAUAUUGUGAAACAUCAACAAGCCCUGACUCUUGACGUGAUCAUGUCCGCAGCAUUUGGAAUUCAAACUGAUUACCAGAAAAACCCUAAUGACCCAGUGAUCCAGGUGGUUUUGAAGUCAAUGAAUCCUAGUUUCUGGGAACAGAUGUUCUUCUUUGUUCUGUUGCCAUUGUUACCUUUUGGGAAAACCAUUGGGGAUACAGAAACUGUUGCCAAAUUUAUCUUCAGGGAUUUGAUAAAAGUUUCAGAAAUUGCUAGAGAGGUUAUUGCAGCUAAAAGAAAGGAUUCAACACAAAAGGACUUUCUUGAUUUGUUACUCCAAGCCACCAGUUCUGAUGCUUCAGAUAACAAGAAACUCACAGAUGAUGAAGUUGUAGCUCAGUGUGUGUUAUUUCUCUUGGCCGGGUAUGAGACAUCAAGCUUCACACUGUCAAUGAUCACAUACAGCCUUGCCACCAACCCUGAUGUCCAGGAAAAACUCCAGGAAGAGAUUGACAGUGUCUGGACUGAUGAGUUUCUAGUUAGUAUCCCAGAACCUUUUGAUAAGAGACUUGAUAUUGCCAGAGGAGAAACAUGGAAGCGUAUUCGUACCAUUGCAUCACCGACUUUUAGUUCUCAUAAACUCAAAGCCAUGGUCCCAAUGAUGAAUGUUAGAUGUGAUARCUUGGUCAGCAAAGUUGAAGAAUAUGCUAAUUCAGGAGAAACCUUUGAUAUUGUGAGACAUCAACAAGCCCUGACUCUUGACGUGAUCAUGUCCUCAGCAUUUGGAAUCCAAACAGAUUACCAYAAAAACCCMAAUGACCCAGUGAUUCAGGACGUUCUUGACUUGUUACUCCAAGCUACAAGUUCUGAUGCUUCUGAUCACAAGAAACUCACAGAUGAUGAAGUUGUAGCUCAGUGUGUGUUUGGUAUUGGUCCUCGCAACUGUAUUGGGAUGCGGUUUGCACUCAUGGAGAUUAAGUUGGUGUUGGUUAGAUUGCUCAAGAAGUACUCGUUUGUCAAGACGGCCGAGACGAAGCCACCAAAACUGGAAAUGAAGCAAACUUUGACUGCAUCAGGAGUGAAACUUGGAGUUGUGAAACGAUAGGACACAAGCUAAAUCAAUAUGGAACACUUUGAACAUUUAGUUCAUCAAUGACAGAAAUCAUUUGUCAGGCCAAAUGCAUGUAUAAUCAUCACUGUCUAUCAAUUUUAAAAAUUUGUUUUCGCCUCGUUUUCCUCAUCGAUGCUGAUAUAAAUAAGCAUUUACGACA